CCUAAUUAAUCAAAUACCAACCAAAACGACGCUUUAAUUUGUAUUUAUCUUUCUUCCGAAAUCGAUCGCUACAAACGCCACAACUUCAACAACCCUCGCGUCGUGUUGUCAUUCACUUUUCGUUUAGGUGGGUAUACUGAAAUCGACGUGUAGUCGAGUAAUACCAUCUUUUGUUCUAUUGCUUCUCCAUCCUCGGUUUCGUCGUCAUAACAGGAAUAUCCGGAAAUGGCUACGGUUGUGUCUCACCAAGCGAUCGGGUCUAUUGUCUCUCAUAGACCUUCCGAUUUCAAAGCUUCUCAGUUUCUCAAGGAGCCUUUGAAUGUACCGAUGAAAUUCAGACAUAAAGGAUUCAAGAUCAAAGCAACUGCAUCUCAGAUUCCCAUUCUUGACACUGUCUUGUCUCCUUCCAACAACAUCCCUCAUGAAUCCAAGAAAAAAACAAAUGAAGCAUCUCUUAUAUUGAUUAGGCAUGGAGAGUCGUUAUGGAACGAGAAGAAUCUGUUCACGGGUUGUGUUGAUGUGCCAUUGACAGAGAAAGGUGUGGCAGAAGCCAUUGAAGCCGGGAAGAGAAUUAGCAACAUACCUGUAGAUUUGAUCUUCACAUCAUCUCUAAUCCGUGCUCAAAUGACCGCAAUGCUUGCUAUGACUCAGCAUCGCUGCAAGAAGGUUCCGAUCAUCUUGCACGAUGAGAGCGAAAAGGCGCAAACUUGGAGUCAUGUUUUCAGCGAAGAAACGAGAAAGCAAUCUAUCCCGGUUAUAGCGGCUUGGCAGCUAAAUGAGAGAAUGUAUGGAGAGCUACAGGGUUUAAACAAGAAAGAAACAGCGGAAAGAUACGGAACACAGCAAGUUCACGAAUGGCGCAGGAGUUACCACAUUCCUCCUCCUAAAGGCGAGAGUUUGGAGAUGUGCGCUGAGAGAGCUGUGGCUUAUUUUGAAGACAAUAUUCAACCAGAGCUCGCAUUUGGAAACAACGUAUUGAUUGCUGCUCACGGGAACUCUUUGCGAUCUAUCAUUAUGUAUCUUGACAAAUUAACUUCUCAGGAGGUUACAAGUCUAGAGCUAUCUACUGGUUUACCGUUACUCUACAUUUUCAAAGACAGAAAAUUCAUGAGACGAGGAAGCCCGGUUGGUCCUACAGAAGCCGGUGUCUAUGCUUAUACUAAGAGAUUGGCAAGUACAGACAGAAGCUUGACGAGACCCUGACCUAAUGUGUUCCUGUAGCAAACUGAAAAAUCAGUUCUUUUUUUUUGUUUUGUCUUUCACUCUCUGAGUCCCUAUUUAGUGAGAAAAGAAUCAUCAAGAACAGUUUUAAAAUAUGUAUUCGAUACACAAAUCUCGUUCAUUACAUGUCAUUUUGAAUCCCAAAAAGC